UGUCAUUUCCGUCUGCCGGUGAGGCGCUUCAUCAUUUUCAACAAUGGCAGCCACCCUCCAGCCUUAUCUGUCAGCAGUGCGCCACACAUUGACUGCGGCUAUGUGUCUACAAAACUUUGACUCUCAGGUUGUAGAAAGACACAACAAACCAGAAGUUGAAGUGAAAACAAGCAAAGAGCUUUUAUUGACACCAGUUGUCAUCAGCAGAAAUGAAAAAGAAAAGGUGUUAAUAGAAGGUUCUAUAAACUCCCUCAGAAUUAGUAUUGCAGUUAAACAGGCAGAUGAAAUUGAAAAGAUUUUAUGCAAAAAGUUUAUGCGGUUUAUGAUGAUGAGAGCAGAAAAUUUUGUCAUUCUGCGACGAAAACCUGUUGAGGGUUAUGACAUCAGUUUCCUUAUAACCAACUUCCAUGCCGAACAGAUGUACAAAAACAAAUUGGUAGACUUUGUUGUCACGUUCAUGCAAGAGAUUGACAAAGAAAUAAGUGAGAUGAAGCUGUCUGUCAAUGCCAGAGCCAGAAUUAGCGCUGAAGAGUUCCUGAAGAUGUUUUAGCAGAUUAUUUCUACACCCAAUGUCUCCCAUAUUGUCUGCUGGUCUCCGGUUAAGCCUGUGAUGGCGUGCAUGGAACAAGUGCUUGAUACGUGCUAAAGUUUGAAAGUUGAUGAACUGUCCAAAGAAAGGACCAUUUGUACCUUGUUACAGUGUGAGACAGACAAUGUAAUGGAAUGUAGAUUAUUUUUCUGUAUUUUAUUCCCCCCAAAAAACAAAAAAAAAACAAAAAAAACAACUCAUUUUAGUCACAGACGCUUGCAGCUAUUGCAAACAUUCUCUACUGAAAUACUGUAGGCUAUAUCUGUAAUUGGCAAUAUGUCAAGUAGAGGUUUGGUACUAAUGUGUAUAAAAACCUGCAUUCUACUUAUGCUUUAUGUGCUAAACUGUAGUGACAAAAUUAUGUUGUAAAUUCAGAUUCCAUGUCAGGCUUGAUAAAUCUAUGUAUCAAGAUGGGAAAUUGUUAAACAUUUUGGCAGAAUUUUUUUUCAUUUGUUUUUGAGAUUGUUUGUUUGUUGUGCAAGUAUGGUACGAAUAAGUGUUCCAAACACUUCCAGAAAGUAGUUACCACAUGAAGAACUAUGCAAUAACAAGAGUCGUAGCGGACCAGAAGUGUUGGACAGGAGGCUGACCCAGGCAAAAAAUAUGACUAACGUAAAACUGGGGUUUUUGUGAAAUACAUGUACGUCAAAUGUAUGUACCCUAGAUUCCACAAGGGUUGAAGACUACCUGGGAAGAAUUUAAUAUUCUCAGGCUUUUAUACAAGGAUCAUUCAUUCUAUUUGUGAUCUUAGCUAAUAUGCCAUAGACAUACUACUGUUUAUUUAAUGAUGAAGAUUGUACAGAGAUGAAUCACAGGUUUCAUGUUUAUGUAAAAUUUGCAGGUGUAUGUAUCUAUGAAUAUGUUCUUAACACUUUACAUUGUCAAAAACAUUAUCUUUCAGCACAACUGCAACACUGCUUUUUGCAGCCAAAGUGAACCAAAUGUUAGCAAUAUAACUUGUGCACUUGCACAUCUAAAUUGUAUAAGAACAGCUAUGUGUAUAUAUGUCUAAAACCAGAAAGCUGGACAAUACCAUAUAACCUUAAUUAUUUUAUUUUAUAGGUCAUAUUACCCUUUCAUGUCUCCUAAGUUUAUCUUAACUGUCAAGCAUAACGAGUUGAACCAUUUAUUGGUCUUCGAUCUCUUCUUUUUUUUCUGUGUGGAGGCCUGCAUCCAUCAAAAGUGUUAUAACCUAUUAUCUUUCUGUAAAUAAAGGCUGAAUAAAGACUUAAUACUAAAGAAACUCA